UUGAUCAAGCAAAUGCAGCCUGGGUGAGCAGAAGAGACUUAUUUCAGAAACAUUAAAAAUUCUUAAUUAUUACACACUUUUGACUGGUAGAGUAUGCAUUUAAGCAAAGGGACUUAUAAUAGAGGAACAUAAGCAAUUCGUCACAGAGCCAACAAUGUUCACAAGGUACAAUGCACAUGUAUUAGAAAACUAGAUUAUGAGAUUAUGCAAAUAUAAUCAAAACAAGUGCCAGUAUUCUGUGUUCACGCUUGUUUUUUGUGCUGAAUAGGUCACUAUGUCCCUGAACUGGAUGGUGAGGAUGACCUCUGACCUCGAGAGCAACAUCGUAGCAGUGGAGAGAGUGAAGGAGUAUUCAGAGACAGUGACUGAGGCUCCAUGGAUAGUGAAGGACAAACAGCCUCCUCCAGACUGGCCUCCGAAGGGGAACGUGGAGUUCAUAGACUACAGCGUGAGGUACCGCGAGGGACUGGACCUGGUGCUGAGGAACAUCUCGCUGGAGGUCAAAGGAGGAGAGAAGAUCGGUAUCGUUGGACGAACCGGCGCUGGGAAGUCCUCAAUGACUCUGUGUCUGUUCCGUCUGCUGGAGGCGGCGGAUGGAGAGAUCGUGAUCGACGAGGUGAAGAUCUCUGAGAUCGGCCUUCACGACCUGCGCUCCAAACUCACCAUCAUCCCUCAGGAGCCCGUCCUGUUCUCCGGGACUCUGCGGAUGAACCUCGAUCCCUUUGAGAAAUACAGCGAGGAAGACGUGUGGAAAGUGCUGGAACUCUCUCAUCUGAAGAAGUUUGUCAGCAACCAGCCGUCCAAGCUCGAGCUGGAGUGCUCCGAAGGAGGAGAAAAGAGCCCGUCCUGUUCUCCGGGACUCUGCGGAUGA